AUUCAUAUAGCUUUAUUCAUUUAAAAUUAACAUAAAUAUAAAAUUCAACUGUGGAACCUCGACCAGCAAUGGCUUUUAAGAAAAUGUCGAUGUACGCCAGUUUAGUGGUGGUAGCUAUCAUAAGCUGCAAUGUACAAAACAUUAAUGCACAGAUGGAAGCAUUAAUAGAUCAAGAUUUCUAUCAAGUCAAAAGCAGUUUAUACGAUUUGCAAGAGGCUGAAUUUAACUUGAUGAAUGAUUCACAAAAAUUAAAUGACAUGCAAAAAGAAUAUUUGUCAGGAAGAGCUGACUAUUCUGCUGUGGAGCGAGCAAGAAAUGAACUAAUCAGGUCUAAAAACAAGUGGUUCUCAAAAGUAAUGAGAUAUCUGCAUGCAUCAAAUGAAUUUGAGCCUACAGUCAACUAUCAAGCCUAUCCUCAAAAUUUGUAUGACUUAGACUCUUAUAAAAGUCUAAGUGAAAUACCAGUGAACCCACCCACAAUCGUAGCAUAACCCUCAUUUUAAUUAUUUUUCUUUCUGAUGUAUGCUAUUGUUUUUUUUUUUUUAUUAUUAUUAAUC